CAAUAACAAUUGCAACUCUUUCAUACCAAAUAGUACUUACAAUCUUCUCAUCUUGCUCUCUCUUUGUCUCCACUCUUCCUCCUUCAAAGAAAAAGAAAAAGAAAAAGAAAAAGAAAAAUCUAUGGGGAACUGCCAAGCCACAGAAUCAUCAACAGUUGUGAUAGAGCAUGCCGGAGGAAGAGUAGAGAGGAUGUAUUUUCCGGUGAGUGCUUCGGAGGUGAUGAAAAGAAAUCCAGGUCAUCAUGUUGCUCUUAUCACCUUUUUUUUCUCUAAGUCUGAUCAAAAUGGUGAAGAAUCCGGUGUUCGAGUUACUCGCAUUAAGCUUCUUAAGCCUAAUGAUACUCUUCUUCUUGGCCAUGUUUAUCGUCUUGUUUCUUCUCAAGAGGUGGCUAUGGCAGUUAGAGCAAGGAAGUAUGAGAAGAUGAUGAAGAAAGAGCAGAUGGAGAGACAAAGAAAGGUUGAAGAAGAUAUGAAAGAUAAGGUUGCAGAGCAAGAAAAAGAUCGGCAAAGAAACAUACAAACUAUCACCACAAAAACUCGGCAAUGGAAACCAUCACUACAAAGCAUUUCGGAGAUUGCAAGCUGAUCCAAUUUUUCUUUUUCUGAAAUGAAAUUUGCAAAGAAAUAUCCUGAAAUAUUUCAAAGGAAAACAUGAAGAAUUGAUUAGAUUCAUGUGUGACAUAUUAUGAUCAUUCUAAAUGAACUAAAACAUCUCAAUUUGUCAAAGAGAACAAACAAGAAGAAUAUAUCAAUCAUGCUAUGCUUAUGAGAUAUGAAAAGUUCAUAGAGAGAUUGAUGCAUAUAUUGAAACUGCAAUCAGAAAUGAAAUUUAAAGUUUUCUUCAGAAAUCAUUAUUUGUGGUUCAUGUGUUUGGCUUGAAAGUGUUCAGAAUUAAAGAAUGAUUUGGUACAACAAGUGCAGUCUGUAAACAUUGUUUGACUGGUUUUGCAGUUA